GUUCUUUAUGCUGUUGUGCUGUGGUUCAUCGAUCUUUCCAGUCGGGCUUUUGCAUGCUUUCUCUGAAUCAACAGUCGCACACUAGCACAGUCAAGAGAGACCCCAACACACACAUGUCGACAAUUAAGCAAUGCAUACCGGUAUGCCAAUACGGUAGCUGUUGAGAUGGGCGAGGGACGACAACAGCAUGUAUUGGUAUCAGCAUCAGCUUCAGCGCAGGACAAGAAAGAAAAGAAAGAAAAGAAAGAUGCUGGUUUUGGAAUGAAGCGUGGUUUCCUGCUGGACAAGCCCAAGAAGAAAAAGACAAAGACUACUGUGAAGAAAGCAACGGCAAUCCCGUCGUCGAGUGCCGCAUUGUUGGAUUUGGAGGAAGCGGUGUGUACUUCUUCUUCUUCUUCUUGUUCUUUAGUAGGGAGUAGCAGUACUCAUGAUACAAAUACGACAAGUCAGUUUCUUCAAGUUGUUGCAUCCGCAGCAAACGACGACAACCACCACAAUGAUACUUCCACGCUUUCAUCCACGCUUCAAUCCACGCUUCUACCGGUGCUCCAACACGACCUUGAGAAUGCAGAAUCCUCCUCCAUGGAACUGGUGGAAGUGGACUCCCAUGCCACGCGACACUCAAUAUCAGUAAAAGAAAAGGUCCAAGAGACAUCGCCUACAUUUCUGGAAUGGCAAAAAGAAUUGGAUCGAACUCUCUGGUCGCUCCGACGACGACGCCAACCACGACGACAAUGGCAGAGUGUGGCACACGCAUUUUGUGAAUCGCUCGAUACAACAGCAUUCUACCACACUGUGUGUUGGGACAUUCUCCUCGACCAACCGGAAUUGGCGGAACGGCGUCUGGGAUGGGCGUUGCUUCAGACUUGCAAUGCGUGGGACAGCUUUGUCUCGUACUUAUUAUUAUUGCCGUCGCAUGAGGAUCGCCGACGGACCUUGGGAGCCGUCGUCAUUUUGGAAUUUUUUGCCAGUCAGGACAUGACACCACCACUCCACUUGAUCCAGGCCAUACAAUUGCUGGGACAGAUCGUCACCACCACUACUACUACUACGACGCGGACCGUUUUGGUACAACAGUGUCUAGUGACAAUCUACAAAUUGGUCACUGUCUUGGCAUCUACCACAGCAGUCACAACAGGUACAUCCAGCAUUACACAACAACAAGUCUGGGAUCUGUCUGCACAAGUGCUCGUGCCGGUAUGGGAUCGCCACUUGGCAUGGACCACGCCGCCAACAUCAUUGUUGUUGUCCAACAACAUUGACAAUGACACUGCUGGACAACGAGUGGCGGCUCGCAAACAAUGUACCAGUCUCGUAUUGCAGAGCUGGAAACAGUCGUUUAUCGAGUUGCAACAACAAAACGACAUCGACAAUAUGAAUACAACGGAGGUGCAUUCCACGUGGUGCCAGCACCUCCGGGGAAUACCAGAUCGUCUGGGAAUUCAUGGUACGAUUAUUGGCAGUCUUGGUCAAACGCUGUGCCGUGACGAAAUAAUGACAUUGGGAGAUGUUCGGGUAUUGAUAUUGGGGGAAAUGACUACAAUACACAAAAUCCACAACGAUAGCCAUGUCAUUCUGGCGAUUCUGCGCAGUGUCGUUGCAUGGUUGGGGAGCAGCAAAAAGAAUUGCCUUGGUUGGCAGGACCCACAAGAAAUUGUGGAGCUCAUGAGCAGAAUCAUGUAUCACGCGUCAUUGGAUUCCAUUGUGCCACUGGCCAUGCACAUUUUGAACAUGUCGGGGCUAGAGUCAUCUGGGGUACCAUUCGUACCUCCCGAUGUGGUGGCCUUUCACGAAAACAACGGCACCGGUGACGGUAGUGUGGACGAGGAGGACGAUCCACAACAGAUUCCAGAAUCUUUACGGUUCUGGAUGCAAUUGCUAUUAGGGCAAGAUCCAACCGCCCAGCAAGACGACGCACCACAACAACAACAACAACCAGCCGAUACACCAUCCAACAACUCGACUCCGAACGAAACCGCCAUUCAGCAACUCGCCGAACUCGUGGCAACGUCCAUCCACUAUAUCAGUACCGACUUUCCAGAUUCGGCCCAAGCAAUCAUCCGAUACAUGGUGGCUCAAAAUAAUAAUGCCAAUGACACGAUGAUGAAACCUUCCACGGUGCAAGUUCUUUUCCUGUUCUUGAAAAAGACUGGCGACAAUAUUCAAUCAGAUGAUGGUGCACCGAAACGACAAAGUCUGCUGGAUUAUGUGGCGUGCGACCUGCUCUUGGACAACUUUCACACCAACCCGAACGUACGAACGUACCUUGGUCGUGCCAACGACGACAAUGUGGAUCUGUUUGUGGGUUGCUCCUUUCGUCUUGUCGUUUCCAGACAGAUCCGACUACUGCUGUCAUUAAAAGACACCGCUCUGGACAAUAACAAUUCGCCACAGCAAUCCUCGCUGUUGCUGCUCUCCCUCUUGACCACUUCUCUGUGGAGGAGCCUUCGUUGUGGCAACGAAAAGACUCUGGUGGAAACCGUGAUUUCUUCUUCCACCAGUGCGUCACAAGCUACAGCAAUCGUGACUCGGGUUGGCGAGGCGUGGAUGCACUCGCUGUGGGAUGUCGAUAGUUCGGACGAUGCUAAAGCCUUGGGGAUGGUGCUAUCUGCUGUUGGGAGUUCCAUGUUCCAGCAUCCAUCGAGCACUGUCCCGUUGGCUCUGUUGGGCGCACUUUUGGGAGAUGGUAGCAAGUUCGAUGAUGAUUGCGGCAAUCUAGUAGGUCCCAAUUCAAGCAGCACAAGGAAGGAAGUUGUGUGGAAUGCGGCCAUGUCCAUGAUCCAAACCGCAGUGUCCCAACUCGAUUCCAUUUGUCGCGUAGUAGAGCCGAUUGGAGAUGCAAGUUCUUGCCCUACGAAAGGGUCCGAAAUCUUUGGUCGUCUGGCUCCCCUUUUGCUGUUGCGACGGGCGCCACCAAAGCUCUGCCAUGGAGCCUACCUGUCAACGGCGGAUGAUUCACACAAUCAGGAAGAAAUGAACGGGCUGCUCAAGAACCUUGCAGACCACCUUGCUGCUAGACUGGAUAUCACAGGAGCAUCGACAACGAAUGGCAAAGAAUCCGAUGGCUUUGUGGCGGAGGAGCGUCAGAUGGCUGCGGAAGUCGCCGGUAGAUGCCUUCCCUUCCACGAGGACAAGGCGGGGUUCUCUUUUGGUGGAGCUUCUUGUUUUGAACGCAUUUGUCUUCCUGCAUUCUUGGGAGUCCUAGAUUUCGCCAAAGGAGAUGCUGCGCUUUCCGAGAAUGAAAGCAAGAGUAGAAUCCGGCGAGCCAGAGCGGCGCUGUACGCGGCAUGCCACUUUGUGCCGUUUUCCUCCAGUCUCGACAUUGAAUGUGUCGGCGAAGCGCUUGUCUCAACGGCCUCCUUUUGCCUGCAUAUCUUGAAUGCGGACCAAGACGCCUUGGAAUCCUCCAACCUUGAGAAGGAUUUUUUGCAGCUACAGACUGGUUGCAUCGAGUUCUUUGCCAUAUGCGUGGAAA